AUAGUUUUUAACAAUUUGUUACCCAACCUGUGAACAACGUGUACGUAGAGGUAAAGCUCCAGGUGUUUGGAAUAGUGGAACCGAUGGGCCCAGGCUGGCCCUGGAAAACUUGCUCUCAAAACUGAAACUGGCCCUUCGCCUCCCUCGAAAAAUAUUGCCUCUACAUACGGGCAGCCGCACACGAGGCGCUUCACUUUUGACUAUCUUUUGCAAACGGCUAGUAGGGCGAGAGCUCGAGAUACAAGUGUAAGCUGCAUAAACACGCGGCGGUCUCUUGUCUCUAGCCAAUCCCUGUCGAGGAUCAAUUGACGAUUUUUUGCCAAACCGUCGGAGCGCCUGUUCGUCAGCCUAUAUAAAUCCGCUGACGGAAUCGUCGGGUAUCAGUCGUCGGUAGCUCGAUCGAUUUCUCCCAGCAGUUUCGUUUGUUUCUUUCUUUCGCCCGGUUUUUCGAGAGGAAAGAUGGAGAUCUUCGGGGACGCCAAGACCACGGGUUUGGAGCACCUCACCCUCGAGCAGAUGCUCGAGGAUAAUCUGCCCGAGCCUAUGCUUAAGGAAGUCAAAAGGAUCUUGUACGGCCGAGAAGUCGAGCCUCUGGACCUACCCAAAUUCGAGAAGGGCAUUAACUGCGAGCUAAAGGGCUACAAGGUCGGCGGUGCGAUCGAGGAGCAGCUUCGGCCUCCGAGGAUCGUCCGCGUGGCCAUCGUCCAGAACACGAUCGUUUUGCCGACGACUGAGCCGAUCCGUGACCAGCGCGACGCCAUCCACAAGAAGAUCACCAAGUACAUCGAGCACGCGGCUACCUGCGGUGCCAACAUCCUUUGCUUGCAGGAGGGUUGGCCCAUGCCGUUCGCCUUCUGCACCCGCGAGAAGUACCCCUGGUGCGAGUUCGCCGAAGACGCCCUCACCGGCCCGACGACCGAGCUCGUCUCGAGCCUCGCUCGCAAGUUCAACAUGGUCAUCAUCUCGCCGAUCCUCGAGCGCGACCGCAACGGCGAAGUUCUCUGGAACACCUCGGUGGUGGUCGGUACCGACGGCCGCGUCAUCGGCAAGCACAGGAAGAACCACAUCCCGCGGAAGAACGACUUCAACGAGUCGACCUACUACAUGGAGGGUAACCUCGGACACCCGGUCUUCGACACCCCUUACGGAAAGAUCGCCAUCAACAUUUGUUACGGUCGUCAUCACCCGCUGAACUGGAUCAUGUUCGGACUGAACGGAGCCGAGAUCGUGUUCAACCCGUCGGCCACCACCAAGACCCUGUCGGAGCCGAUAUGGCCGAUCGAGGCUCGUUGCGCCGCGAUCGCCAACAGCUACUACACGUGCGCCAUCAACCGCGUCGGUACUGAGAUAUUCCCCAACGAGUUCACCUCUGGUAACGGACAGCCGGCCCACCGCGACUUCGGCCACUUCUACGGCUCCAGCUACAUCGCUGCACCCGAUGGUACGCGCACACCUGGACUCAACCGCCAGGAAGACGGUGUCCUCAUCGCCGAGAUCGACCUCAACCUUUGCAGGCAGAUCAAGGACUUCUGGGGAUUCAGGAUGACAGCAAGGCUCGACAUGUACGCCAAGAAGUUCGCCGAAGUUGUUGAUCCGGACUACAAGUCCCAAGUCAUUAAGCAGUAAAUCGUUCUACAAAGUCCGUACACUGUAAUCUUUCUUUUUACAAUUUUGAAUCUCUUUAUCGUUAACCCAUGACGCAAGCUAAUGUAUCUUCUUCAAAAAAGUUAACGUUGCUAUGCUGCUGACUGAUUUUAAAAAAUUUGGGUUUGUUCCAUAAAUCAUGACUUUUUAUAUGACUUACGAAUAUGUACACAUUUAUAAAUAUUUUCACCUCCUACACUUUUUCAAUAAAGAAAAUAACAAUAUAAAGAA